UGACUGGCCUACCCUGUUCCCACCCUGCAUCUUGCCCCUUGCUGGCUGGGUGACUUUGGGCAAGUUGCUUACCAUCUCAGAGCCUCGGUUUCCUCUUCUGUGAAAUGGGUAUAGUCCCCAUACCUGCUCACAGCUGGGAGGGGGACACAGUGAGGUCAUGACGCACGUUAUAGACCAGCACAUCCCUGGGACACAGUAGACUUGUGCCAGUCGACAGUCUUUCCUACGGGGAGGCCUGGGUUUGGGCCUGAUGGGAGGUGGCAACAUAGAUGUGACCUAGCCUUGCCCUUGAGGAGAGCUGGCCCACCUGCCUGGAACACUUGCUGCUUCUGUUCCCAGGGGAAACGUGCUGUUUCUGCUCUCCUGCCUCAGCCUGACCCCCUACAAGGUCCCUGGGGAUGAGAUCUGAUGCUGCUCACCCCAGGGCCUCCUGGGCUCCCAGCACCUUCCACCCCAGCUGCCCUGGGCCCCCACCGCCGCCUCCCCCACCCUCGCUCUGCCCACUCCCACUGCAGGCCGCGGCUCCCGGCCCUCUGCGCUGCCAUGAGGCCCGCACUUUGCAGGGCUGAAGUCCAAAGUCCAGGCCCUUUGCUAAGCACACGGAUGAAUAUGAACCUUGGAGAAUUUCCCCAGCUCCAAUGUAAACAGAGCGGGCAGGGGCCCUGAUUCACUGGCCGCUGGGGCCAGGGUUGGGGGUUGGGGGUGCCCACAGGGCUUGGCUAGUGGGGUUUGGGGGGGUCGUGGGUGCAAGGAGCCUGGUCUGUGCCUGCCUGCUGGCCGGCGGGCAAGGAGACGGCCCACGCGGGGGAGGCGGCCAGCUCGGUGGCCCCGGGCCGCGUGGUCCAGCGGCAGAGGAGCCAUGGUUUCUAAGCUGAGCCAGCUGCAGACGGAGCUCCUGGCGGCCCUGCUCGAGUCGGGCCUGAGCAAGGAGGCGCUGAUCCAGGCCUUGGGGGAGCCGGGGCCCUACCUUCUGGCUGGGGAUGGCCCCCUGGACAAGGGGGAGUCCUGCGGCGGCGGCGGCGGCGGCGGCCGAGGGGAGCUGGCCGAGCUGCCCAAUGGGCUGGGGGAAACGAGGGGCUCCGAGGACGAGACGGACGACGAUGGGGAAGACUUCACGCCGCCCAUCCUCAAAGAGCUGGAGAACCUGAGCCCCGAGGAGGCGGCCCACCAGAAAGCCGUGGUGGAGACCCUGCUGCAGGAGGACCCGUGGCGCGUGGCGAAGAUGGUCAAGUCCUACCUGCAGCAGCACAACAUCCCCCAGCGGGAGGUGGUCGACACCACCGGCCUCAACCAGUCCCACCUGUCCCAGCACCUCAACAAGGGCACCCCCAUGAAGACGCAGAAGCGAGCCGCCCUGUACACUUGGUAUGUCCGCAAGCAGCGAGAGGUGGCCCAGCAGUUCACCCACGCAGGGCAAGGGGGGCUGAUUGAAGAGCCCACGGGCGAUGAGCUACCAACCAAGAAGGGGCGGAGAAACCGUUUCAAAUGGGGCCCAGCAUCCCAGCAGAUCCUGUUCCAGGCCUACGAGAGGCAGAAGAACCCCAGCAAGGAGGAGCGAGAGGCGUUGGUGGAAGAGUGCAACAGGGCGGAGUGCAUCCAGAGGGGGGUGUCACCAUCGCAGGCACAAGGCCUGGGCUCCAACCUCGUCACGGAGGUGCGUGUCUACAACUGGUUUGCCAAUCGGCGCAAGGAAGAAGCCUUUCGGCACAAGCUGGCCAUGGACACAUACAGCGGGCCGCCACCGGGCCCAGGCCCGGGCCCUGCACUGCCCGCCCACAGCUCCCCGGGCCUGCCCCCAUCUGCCCUCUCCCCCAGUAAGGUCCACGGUGUGCGCUAUGGACAGCCUGCAACAAGUGAGGGGGCGGAAGUGCCCUCAAGCAGCGGUGGUCCCUUGGUGACAGUGUCUGCACCCCUGCACCAAGUGUCCCCCACAGGCCUGGAGCCCAGUCACAGCCUGCUGAGCACUGAAGCCAAGCUGGUCUCAGCAGCUGGGGGCCCUCUGCCCCCUGUCAGCACCCUGACAGCACUGCACAGCCUGGAGCAGACAUCCCCAGGCCUCAAUCAGCAGCCCCAGAACCUCAUCAUGGCCUCGCUGCCUGGGGUCAUGGCCAUUGGGCCUGGUGAGCCUGCCUCCCUGGGUCCCACGUUCACCAACACAGGCACCUCCACCCUGGUCAUUGGCCUGGCCUCCACGCAGGCGCAGAGUGUGCCAGUCAUCAACAGCAUGGGCAGCAGCCUGACCACCCUGCAACCGGUCCAGUUCUCCCAGCCGCUGCACCCUUCCUACCAGCAGCCACUCAUGCCCCCUGUGCAGAGCCACGUGGCCCAGAGCCCCUUCAUGGCCACCAUGGCCCAGCUGCAGAGCCCCCACGCCCUCUACAGCCACAAGCCGGAGGUGGCCCAGUACACCCACACGGGCCUGCUUCCGCAGACCAUGCUCAUCACUGACACCAGCAACCUGAGCGCCCUGGCCAGCCUCACGCCCACCAAGCAGGUAAGGCCCAGGCCUGCCCUGACCCCUUCCUCGGGCCCUCCCCAGAACACAGCCCGGGGGCUCAGGAGGCUGCUGUUUCCCCAGGUCUUCACCUCAGACGCUGAGGCCUCCAGUGAGUCCGGGCUUCAUACGCCGGCGUCGCAGGCCACCACCAUCCACAUCCCCAGCCAGGACCCUGCUGGCAUCCAGCACCUGCAGCCUGCCCAUCGGCUCAGCACCAGCCCCACCGUGUCCUCCAGCAGCCUGGUGUUGUACCAGAGCUCCGACUCCUCCAAUGGCCACAGCCACCUGCUGCCCUCCAACCACAGCGUCAUCGAGACCUUCAUCUCCACGCAGAUGGCCUCUUCUUCCCAGUAACCAUGGCAGCCGCCUCCCAGGGGCUGGGCCCUGGAGCCUGCUUGGGGGGUGACGAGGACAUUUGAGCCUGUGAAACUUUCGCUGCCACGGGGCUGCUGCCUUUCCCUGCAAAAUUGUGCCUCAGUCCCCUCCCUGUUCUGCCUGCGUCAGAAAGGGAGGGUUCUGGGGCGCCCCAACCUGAGGGCUGCUUCAGUUGCACAAGAGUGGACCGCUGAGAGCUGGGAAGCAGAGCUUGUUCCUGGCAGGACGUGGGAGGGACUGUCCCUGCUGCUCAGGUAAAUCCUGUCACUCGGAGCAGAAAGGGGCAGCCUUUGGACUCUGGUACCCCCAGCUGGGGCCUGUGGAGAGCCCCGGGACCCCGAAGGGAACUCUGGCAGCCACACCUCUCAGGACACAAGUUUGCGUAGCUGUGACUUGCUGAGCUCCGAGAGGCCCUAGAUCAACGUGAGCCGUUCUGUCACCUAUGCCCCAACCAGGCCACUCCACCCUGCCCCCUUCAGCUACUGACCCAGACGGCCAUUUACACCUACCCCGUCCCCACUCACCGAAGCAUCCCGAGUGGCUACUCUGUGCCAGGGCCUGGGGCUCCCAUGCCCAGGCCCUGGGAGAGCUCAGGCUGACAGGGAGGGCAUGCGGGGCUCUCCCAAUUUCCCUCCUCUUGAACCAUCCACUCUUCUCCGCCCCCCCGACCUCCAGUUUUCCGGACAUUUGUUUUCCCGAGCAUCAUGCCUUCUUACGCCAGCCUGGCAUCUUGCCUCUACUGGAAAGCCCCCCUCAGGGCCGGGAAGUCGUUCUUGCUCCUGUGGGAGCUUCGUGACUC